AUGGAGGCCAAGCGAAAGGCGAAUGGAGGAGCAGCGGAUGCGGAGGACCGCCAGGCCAAGCGGCGCAGAGUAGCUCAAGGUUUCGAUCUUUCCAAGGGCGAGUCUCGCGAAUCAACCACUGCGCACGGAUUGGUGUUCCUCGAGCAGAUCCGUCGAACAGCUGAUAAAAGUGGUCGUCUCGUCGCAACAUACUUUGAGACGCUCGUUCCACGAGAAAGCAACCCCGACUACUACAAGAAGACGCGAUUGCCGAUUUCCCUCGAAACCAUCGAACAAAAGCUUAUCGAUGGCGAGUUCAAGAGCCUCGCAGAGCUGGAAAGCUACUUCAAAAGGAUGAUUGCCAACGCAAAAGACUAUUAUUCUAGAGGAUCGCAAGUUUUUGAUGAUGCUGAGCGCGUUCGCAAAGCACUGAGUAACUACAUGACCAAGACGAACCCUGCAUACAGCAACCGCUCUUACCAAGCUGUGCCUACCCCGCUGCCGCCGGAAAAUGACGAUGAAGAGGAAGGGAAUGAUGAAGAGGAGGAAGAAGAAGAGGGGGAAGAAGAUGCCGAGGGCGAGGAUGCCGAAGCUGACGAAGAUGCCGAGGGAGAAGAUGAAGAUGCCGAAGGCGAGGAGGAGCCUGAAGAAGAUGAAGAGCCCAGAUCGAGACGAAAAGCCAUUAUACUCAAGCGAAGCCGUACGCGCAGGAGUUCGAAUAACGAAAGCUCUCGAGCUCGAUCACCGCCAAGUCGUCCCGAUCACCAAUACGAAAAUGUACCAUACAAGGGUCUUACAUUUCAACAAGCUCAGGAAAAAAUUGUCGAAGAACUUUUGCGACACCAGGAACCAGAAUAUGACGAUGCCUAUUUUGAGCCCUUUAUCAAUCUUCCUCCUCGAGCUUUGAGAGAUUACUACAAGGUCAUUACCGAUCCUCUGUCCAUCAAGAAGCUGCAGAAGAUGGUCAAAGGCGUGCAAGGGCGAAAUGACGCUACGGGAGUCAGCGAGUUCAAGAGCUGGAGUGCUUUUGAAGAGAAAACAAAGCUCCUCUGGACCAAUGCCUAUUUCUACAACGAAGAGGGCAGUGACAUCUAUGUUCUGGCGCAAGAGCUCGAGAAAUUUUUCUACGCCCAGCUCAAAAAGGCACAAGCAGCUGUCUCGGAGCCAUCACAGCCGAAAAUCAAGCUCAAGGUCGGGCAAGGAUCCGAGACCCCUGGUUCGUCCAAGAAGAUUACCAUCCACGUUGGUGGGCGUGACAGCUCCGUAGCAUCGCCAGCACCUCAGGUAGCCCCAUCCUCAGAGACCAAUGGCAAUGUCAACGGCGCCGGGCAGCUCUCGGCCAACCUCGAAGCUCCUCGCAGUGUCUCGGCGUCUGCGCCGUCGCCAACGCCCUCAUCCCAGGUAGGGUUGGGGCUGAAGGUGGAAGAUGGCAUUCGGGCAUCCCCAGCAGUUGGUAACAUGCCAGUUGGUGCCCCAGGACAGCCUGCCGUGCGGCCUCCUAUUCCCACGAUUACAUCUCUGCCAUUCCAGACGAACCCGCUCGUUAAUGGAUAUGCGGAUCAGAGGAGAUUCCGCCCUGCCAGCAAAGGAAUCGACAGUGCGCUGAUUGAACAAUUGCGGAUUCAAACACAUCCUAGUAUUCCAAAUGAGCGCCCUACGCUGCUCACCAUCUUGCCCAAUGCAAAGGAGAUGCAACAAUCGGCAACCAUCAACCUGCCGCCAACGCAGACUCGCAUCUGGAUCGUCGUGACGCUGCCAACUUUUUUGCAAGAUCGUCAGUAUAGCCUCUGGACUCUGGUGGACAAGCAGCCUUGGAAACAGUUGAUGCAGCCCAUCCCCAACCAAACACAUCAUGAGCGAGCCUUUGAUGUUAUGCUGCACCCUGGCCUCAAUGUCAUUGAAACUCAUCUCAUUGCCGCGAUUCCCCGACAUGAGCGAGAGCCAGGCGGACCAGAGGUGGAAUUGGAAGUCUUUACAGUCUUGAUUAACGUGUCACGCCCUUACUAG